AGGAAUGUGCCACAACCGAAACCAUCACAACAUGAACUCCAUCAAUAGAAUUAAUCAGAUAAACCAGCAGGAGUUGGAUGCUAAUGUUUCUGACUCGGCCUCUUGGCACAAUGACUAUAAGGAUUCGAACUAUAUCUUUAUUGGGGGGCUCAAUGCACAGUUAAAAGAGAAAGACCUCAUAGUUAUAUUCUCUCAGUAUGGUCUUCCUACCCACAUAAAACUAGUCAAAGACUCGGAAAAAAAGGAGAACAAAGGGUUCGGGUACUUGAAGUACCAACAGUUUCAGUCGUGUGUGCUAGCAGUUGAUAACUUGAAUGGAGUCGUGGUCUACGAUAAGAAAAUAAGGGUAGACCACUGUUGGUUUGAGUUGAGAGACGAUGAAACUGAAGACAGCUAUUGGAUAGACUACGACGCUCUAGUGCCAAAAUUACCUGCUAUUGAAUACGACAAGACAGAAGCAAAGGUGAAAGAAGUAGCCAUUGAAAACAACGAGGGAGAAGAUGAAGAUGAGUUUAAGGAUCCAAUGGCCCAGUUUCUCAAAAAGAGGUCCCAUGAUCAAGACCACAAACACAAGAAAAGACACCGGUCUGACAAAAGCCAUCGCCACUCACAUCACAACCGGGGAAACAAACCCGAUGACAUUAACGAAUAACUGUAUAUUAUAUUUUCUGCAAGUAGUAAUCAUAGAACUCUUGUUUAUCUGAAACGGAAAAGUUCACGGUGUGCAAAUUAGCAUUUCUAAAAGCUGCCUUACUCAAGUCUACGUCAAAUCGGAUAUGGGAGACCAACUUCAAACUUAUAGAACUUGGAGAGUUGAUCAACAAGUUGUAGAAAAACUUAAGUGCCAGCAGCGGCAAUGGCAAGUUGAAGUAAGCGGGGUUGAUUUUAACAAUCAAUGUCUUUAGGUUAAAUGAUUCCAAAGAGUAUUUGGAGUUCAACUUAAUGAACUUUAACACCGACUUGUUAUUAGUGGGUGUUCCCUCUAUUAAACAGAAGACCACCGACUUUGUGAAUUUUGACAAUUCCACCACUUCUGUACCCUUUACGUCUGAUCCUAAAGCGUGUUGGAGUAAUUGAAUAGGUGAGUACAGAUAAAGAGUUCCUUCUUGAUCGGGAAUCAACACCACGCUACUCAACAAGAAUAUCAACAAUGGUGAUGAGUAAUUGACGAUGACAAAGUCGCCAUUCUUGGUAGCUGGUAGCACAUACCCAAAGUUGAAUAGGUAUUUCAAACAUAAAUGUUUCAGAGCGGUUGCACCCAAGAGUACAAAUGGCAAAAGCAACAAGAAGAAUGGCAAUUUAAGCACAAACAAAACAACUUGUAGGGGAAGCUUAGCACCCACACGAGGGUACUGUGUAGGCCAGAAAGGUGCUAUACCCGUACCUUUAUCUCUCCAAUUAGAAAACUUCUCCAUGGCUAAUCAACAAAAAACAAAGGCGCGACAAU